AUGGGAGUUGUUGUCCUGGUAAGGUUUCAGCUGCUCAUUCUCCCGUGUUUCCGCGGAUCUCAGCGAAUUCACCGGCGCAGCUCCUCGCCCUGCAAAUAUACUGCGGAGUUCAUUAUGCAGAAGCCAGCGUUAACGUGGCGUCUCUUAAGUUUGCUUCCACAGAACGACCUCCGGAACUACUGUCAGAGAUAUUUUAAUGUAGUUCUGUUGAUGAAAGACUGGCAAUAUCAGGUGAUGGCCGCCGCAUUCUCCGAAAAAUAUGAAGGUAAUCAAGGAAUACGGCUUUCGGAGACUCCCGUGUUAUCCAAGGACUCAGUAACGGUGUCUGUGGAUGCUGUGGUGUACUACCGAGUGUCCAACCCAAUGGCUGCCGUGUGUAACAUCUCCGAUUUCAGCCACUCCACCCGUCUCUUGGCCGCCACCACCCUCCGGAAUGUCCUCGGUACGAAGAACUUGGCGGAAAUCUUGAGCGAGCGCGAGUCCAUCUCCCACAACAUGCAGAGCUCCCUAGACGAAGCCACAGAUCCCUGGGGUGUCAAAGUAGAGCGGGUUGAAAUCAAGGAUGUCCGCUUGCCCGUGCAACUGCAACGUGCCAUGGCUGCAGAAGCCGAGGCAGCACGAGAAGCCCGUGCCAAGGUGAUUGCGGCCGAGGGAGAGCAGCGUGCUUCCAGGGCCCUCAAGGAGGCUGCAGAGGUUAUCAACGAGUCCCCAGCUGCCCUCCAGCUGCGCUACUUGCAAACGCUCAGUCAAAUAUCUGCAGAGAAGAAUUCGACGAUCAUAUUCCCUCUACCAAUUGACUUAAUCAACAAUCUUGUUUCAAAGUAGGAAAGGUGGGUUAGAGAUAAAUA